AUGGCGUGGGCUCGCGUCACGAAUCUCUGUCCUCUAUGCAAGACCAAGUUCAAUGUGGUCACGCGAAAGGAUGCACAAGGCGUUGACGUGCAUCGACAAGUGAUUACCGAUACGAAACAAGUGUAUCGACCUGAUCCAAUGGACGAUGACCUGGCGGCUCAAUUGAGACUUGUGCACGAAGCUCGGUGUGAACUGUGCGGCUCUGGAGACGACGAGCACGUGCUGCUGCUCUGUGAUUCCGUGGGCUGUGGCGUGGCGAACCACACGUAUUGCAUUGGGCUACGUGCAGUACCGACCACCUCGUGGUAUUGCUCGAGACAUGCUUCGACGCAACAGAGAGCUAGUGACGCGGUAGAGCGACCGGCAACGACGGUGACGACUCGUCGCCGGACGCGAAGAUUGGCGAGCUUGAUGUCGAAUGUGCUUCGUGAACGCAGUGGAUCGGUGUUGACGAGACCACGUCCACGCGCUGUAUCUGGGUUUGAUGAAGCGGAAGCAGAAGAAGAAGAUCGUCGGCGGAUGGGAGGGAUUGCUGCAGCGUAUGCUGUGAGGAUGUCGAGAGAGCUGAUGCAGGUGCAACAGCGGGCGGACGCGAUGUUUGCGCGCGGUGAUUUGACACAAUCGUCGUUGUAUGAGCAGAGACAUCCUUCUGCGUCAAGCGAUGCUCGAUAUGGGACGAGAUCAACGGUAGCAUCAUCGGGGCCAUCGACAACUGAUCGGAUGUGGGACGAAAAUAGUCGAAGCAGACAAGAAAUUGCAGCAGCAGCAAUCGCAGCGCGUGAUCAUGGCUUGUUUGGUGCUACUGGCGGUAGCAUGCGAUCAGGCCAGCGAUCUGACCAAGUGUCCGAUUCAUUUGCUCCGGAAUAUUGUGCACUUGCAAAGCUGAUGGAGAGUGCUGUAAGCAGUGACAACUACGCGUCAUCCGUAGCGUUGUUGAUACCCAGAACUGCCAAGCUUGGACUAGUAUCUCGUGUCAAAACCUUUUUUGGCCGGCUCAACCAGAAGGAAAAGGUCGCUGCAGUUGAGUUAGGCUGCAUGUCAGUGUUGCAUCAGUGGAUACGUGUGCCCGCGCGGAGUGACGACACUUCGGUACCUUAUUUCAACCCGCAGGUACUUGAUGCGGUGCUAGCCAUCUUGGAGACACUGCCUGUCCGAAGAGAAGAUCUAGUAGAGGAGGAAGGGUUACAAGAAACGAUGGACAGGCUCUCGGAGCUCUCGGAUGUCAGCAUUGAAACACGGCAGCGAAUAAUUGAGUUGGGCAAUCGAUGGCGCGAGCUGAAUCCUCCAGUAUCACGUGUAUCCCCGCGGCCGCAAGUAAGGCAACGUGCUUCAUCUCCUGUUCACGCGACGCACGAAUUGCCUGUCAUCACUUCAUUCACCUCACGCCAGCAACCGGUUCCGCGGAACGGCAAGCGAAAGCGUAAUGCUUGGUCCGAUACUGUCGUUCAGUACGUAAAAGCCAAGCUGUACCCACUUUACAAGCAGAACGAUGGCGCUGGCAAGUUGACGCGGGAACGGUUCAAGGCAAUUGUGAAAGACGUAGCUGGUCUAUUUUCACAAGAGGCAUCGUCGAUGCAGUCUGCGGUGCUGCUACCUUCUGGCGAGCUAUCCAAUCUUGCGAAAUUGCGCGUCAAGAAGCUGAUUGACAGAGUGUACAAGGAAUCCAUCGGCAGAGCAUCCACUCUUCACGCCACUGCUUCAACACCAUUGCUAGCGACUGUACCUGGGCUUGCCUCAACGUACUCUGCAGUGCCAUCUAUCAAGCACCAACGUCGGAUAUAA